AUUAUUUGUACACUUAAAACACUUUUAGACUUGACAAUCAAAUCUUUCUGGUGAUGGUGCAGUUAGACACAAAGUUGUUUCAUGAAAGACUAAACCGCAUAUAUUCUUUUUGGAGGAAGUUAAAGCAAUUCCGAGAGCUUGAUUGUUUUGUCAUAGCUGUUGGAAAACUUCCACAGGAUGAAGUAUACUUUCCGUCCACCGCUUUACAAUUAUAUCUCUUUGCUUAUGAAUUUCCUGAUCUGAUUAUUGUUUUUACCGAAGGAGUAGUUAUAUUUUUAAGUACAAAAAAAAAAAUCGACAUAAUCAGACAAAUAGAAGAAACUAAACCUGAAGACUCUGUUAAUUUUCAGUAUUUAAUUCGCAACGAUACAGAUAAUUCAAGUUCUUUUGAUUAUAUGUGGGAAGCACUUACCUCCAGUUAUGAGGGGAAAAAAUGGGGCUUUUUACUGAGGGAUGAGGAGUGCUUUUUUGGCCCUUUCAUAGAGGAAUACAAGAAAUAUUUUACUGAGCGCAUCGGUCAAAGUAGCACUAUAGAAAAAGUGGAUGCCACCAGUGCGCUUCAUCUGGUGUUAGGCCUUAAAGAACAAGACGAACUAAUUAUUAUAAAGAGAGCCGCCACUCUUAGCGCGGAUGUUAUGCAGAACCAUUUUAGAACCCAUAUGGAGACGAUAAUUAGCGAGGAGAAAAAAGUUCUACAAAGUGAACUGGCCGAAAAAAUAGAAGAUUUUCUAACCUCUCCAUCUAAGUUUGGUGUGAAAACGCACGUGCAGGAGGAAUAUGUGGACUCGUGCUACACGCCCGUUGUGCAAAGCUAUGCUAAAGGUUCUGAAGAUGACGAUACUUUAAAGUCUGGUGUCAUCACUUGCUCUCUUGGCGCUCGCUAUAAAAACUACUGCUCCAACAUCUCUAGGACGUACCUAGUGGACCCCUCACCCACAAUAGAAGCCCAAUACCAACUAUUGUACUCCAUCAGGGAAGAGUUGCUUCGAAUUUUGGUUCCUGGCGUGGAGCUUCACAAGCUUCAUGACACCGCUGUAAAACUUAUAGAGGGCAGUGAAUACCCACAUUUUGUUUCCAACCUCGGAAAAAGCGUUGGCUUUGGGAUGGGCAUUGAAUUUAGGGAGUCCUCCUUAUUACUUAACGCGAAAAAUAUGAAGACUGCUCAGAUUGGAAUGGUAUUCAACUUGUCAGUAGCCCUGAAGGAUAUUGUGGCCGACGGGCUCAGAUAUUCUCUCGUGUUGGCGGAUACUGUGGUCGUCCGAGAGGGUGAAGCACAGACUUUUACUGAAAAUUGCGAGAGCGAUUUGCCUAAUAUCUCUUAUACUCUGGACGACCGGAAAAGCCCCGAGGAGGAUUCCAGCCCCCAAUACUUGAAGCAAGAAACAAGAAGACGCUCAAAUGUGCUGGCUUCCCGUACACGGCAGGAAGAUCGGGUGGGCAUACUCACCGAGGACGAAAUUCGAAAAAAGAAGCAGGAGGAAAUCUCCAAGAGACUUCACGAAGAAGCUAAGAUUAGGCUAAUUCGUAUGAACCAUAAGGUUGAGGACCACUCUAUAGAUUUAAAGCGCAUUACUGCUUACAAGCGGCGGGAGCUUUUGCCGGACGACUCCAAUAUAAAGAAGGCUAAGAUUCACGUGGAUUCUCACGCUUGGGCUGUCAUCCUUCCGGUUUUUGGACAGGCCGUACCUUUUCACAUCAGCAUGAUCAAAAACACCAGCUUGAACAUCCACGGGGAGGGAAACACCACUGGAGAGCUGCGGAUCAACUUGCAGGCGCCCGGGACCUCCUUCGGAAAGCCCAAUCCGAUCUUAAGCCUCGCGCACCCAGAAAAUACAUUUAUUAAAGAAUUUGUGUACCGUAGCACGCAACCCAAGAGAUUUAAUGAUAUUAGUAUUCAAAUCAAAGAGUUGCAGAACAGAUACAAGCAGGAAGAGGCUAGAAGGAGAGAACUGGACGGCUUAGUAGAGCAACAGGAAUUGGUUCUUAGUAAAUCCAAAAACAAUCCAAGGUUGAGCGGUUUGUAUGUCAGGCCCCAGUUUUCUCGAGGUAGAGUAACAGGAGUCUUAGAAGCCCACGAAAACGGAUUUCGUUACGCUUGCAAGGGAGUUAAAUUGGACAUAUUAUACAGCAAUAUUCGCUAUGCCUUCUUCCAACCGUCGGCCCACGAACUCAUCGUUCUGUUGCAUUUUCAUUUGAAAACACCUAUUCUUGCCCCCUAUUCGAAGAAACAAUCCGAUAUUCAGUUUUUUACCGAAGCAAUCGAGUCCGUCCAAGAUCUCGGCGGAAAAAGUUACUCGAGUCACGGCGACCGUGACGAGCUGGAGGCCGAACAAAGAGAGAGAAGACUAAAGCAACGGAUCGAUCAGGCCUUUAAAAGCUUCACGGAAAAAGUUAAAGAAGUCACCUUUGAGCAGCCAAUAAGAAAUUUAGGUUUUAACGGGGUUCCUGGAAAAAAUAACGUUUUUCUGAUGCCCACUGCUGAUUGCCUGGUCAGCUUAACAGAGCAGCCUGUUCAUGUUUUUCCUUUAGAGGACGUAGAAGUUGCCCACUUUGAGCGCGUGAGGAUGGGAAACAAAAAUUUCGAUCUUGUUUUCAUCUACAAAGAUUAUAAAACUUGGAACAGAAUUACUGCCAUCGAGUUAAACAAUCUCGACGUUGUUAAGGACUGGCUCACCCAGUACGGGAUUAAAUAUUACGAACUACGUAACAGCAUAAAUUGGGACACCAUUCUCAAGUGCAUCGCAGCAGAUCCGAAACAGUUUUUGGACGACGGGGGUUGGGACAACUUGGAAGGGAGUGAUAGUGAAGAAAGUGAGGAAACUGACGAAGACGACUACCAACCUAGCGAAGCAGAGGACGAGAGCGAUGAUUACGACAGCGAAUACAGCGAUGAUGAAAGCGGAAGCGAGUACUACGGCAGCGCAGGGGCUGAGGAAGAAGAGAGCGGAGAGGACUGGGAUGAACUCGAAAGAAAGGCGGCUGCUGAGGACAGACAAACUUUUGGCGGCGCCUACAGUGACGAGGAAAAUGAUAAACAAACUCGUGCUUUUAAAAACUCCAAAAGCCAAAAGAGAGGCAAUAGCGGUUAUGCACGAAAAUGAUGACUGAUUUCCUAUUUUGGGACACGUGGAUUAUGAAGGCAGCCUUAUCGAUCUUUAUAAACUAUAAAC